AUGGCUAUCGCUAAGAACUUACCAAUCUUGAAGAACCACUUCAGAAAGCACUGGCAGGAGCGCGUCAAGGUGCACUUCGACCAAGCCGGUAAGAAGGUGUCUAGACGUCACGCCAGAGCUGCCAAGGCCGCCAAGAUUGCCCCAAGACCAUUGGACUUGUUGAGACCAGUUGUCAAGCCUCCAACCAUCAAGUACAACAGAAAGGUGAGAGCUGGCAGAGGUUUCACUUUGGCCGAGGUUAAGGCCGCUGGUUUGACCCCAGCUUACGCUAGAACCAUUGGUAUCGCUGUUGACCACAGACGUCAAAACAGAAACCAGGAGAUCUUCGACUUGAACGUGCAAAGAUUGCAGGAAUACCAAUCCAAGAUAAUUGUCUUCCCAAGAAACGGUAAGGCUCCAGAGGCCGAGCAAGUCUUGUCGACUGCCGCUGCUUUCCCAAUUGCCCAGCCAACCGGUGAGCAGGGUACCAGAGCUGUCGAGGACAACGGCGAAUCCGCUUACAGAACUUUGAGAUUGGCCAGAUCCAACAAGAGACUCGCUGGUGUCAGAGAGAAGAGAGCCAGAGAGUUGGCCGAAGCUGAAGCUGACAAGAAGAAAUAA